AUGUUGAUCUGGAAGCCGGCGAGCAAGACGGAGAAGUCGACUGAAAGUGUCCGUACCCUCGCUCAUAAAGUGGGACAGCUUUCAGUAGAAGAAUUUCAAAAUGUCACCGACGAGUUUACCAAGCGAAAUGCUCUCAGAAGGACAUCUCGCGAGGACAUAUUGACAGCAAUACAAGCGCAAUGUGCUUAUUCUCGACGCAUUAUUUCAGCUUCCACCCAGUCAUCGAGACCAACUUUUCGAGCGCACGCGGUAUAUCGAGCAAUCAGGGCGGAGCCAGUCGCUACCAGUGGAUUUUUAAACUCCCAAGAUCGCUUGUGA